GAUCAGAGAAUACACGAAGAGAGAGAAACUCAGAGAGAGAGACGAUAAAUUCAGGUAACUUUCUAGAGAGAGAAAGUAAGAAAUUCAGAGACUCCAUAACUGUUUCACGAUCUAGUUUUCAUGAAAUUAAUUUUACUCGUCUGAAUCUUCCAAGCUUGAAACUAUCACCACCGGAAUCAAUUGUAUCUGUAUGUAUAUGUGCUGUUCAUGCAUGUUUAACGCGCGUGUACUUUGAAUAUUCCUUGAAUUUUCGGUUUAAUUUGGGGGUGAAUUUGAAUACUGGGUAAACAGGUUUUGAUUAUGUUUUUUUUUUCCCUUUUUUUGGGGUUUGAUUCUCAAAUGUUUGAUAUGGAGCUAAAUUUCUGGAAUCAAUUGUAUUUGUAUGUAUAUGUAUGUAUAUGUAUAUGUAUCUUUAAUUUCCGAUUCUAUUUUUCUUUCUUCCUUUUGCAUUCUGGCCUGAUUUGUAUGUGAAUGUGAAUUCCCCGGAGCUGAUUUAUUUGUUCAAUUUGGGGGUGAAUUUGAAAAUUGGGUAAAUUAGGUUUUGAUUCCGUUUUUCUUUUCGGCCUUGAAUAUUAUUGGUUCAAUUUUGGGGUGAAUGUGAUCUGCGAAAGUAUAUAUUAACAGGUGCGAAUUCGGUUUUACCGAAUCUGAAGAUUUAGAUACACGUACAGCAGAAUAUUAAUCCAAUGGAAGAAAUCGAAGGCAGCAGAAAACAGGCUGGAGUUCCCGAAAUGAUUCGUAAUCUGAGUGAUGCCCUUUUUGCAGUAGCCGAAGAAGAAGAUUUAUUGAACAGACCAGAUGCUGUAUUUCUUGAAGACGGUGAAUGCGAAUGUAAGAACACUCAAUGUCUAGAUGAUACGUGUAGUUGUUUUGAGGCACGUAAGUACUGCUCGACGAAAUGCACUUGCCAAGAAUGCAGGAACAAUAUAGUGCCUAAAUCUGAGCGUAAAAGAGAAUCACAAGUCAUUAUCAACGAGGCACCUUCGGCGAGUGUUCCACCAAAGAGAAAGAAAAAGAGAAUUCUCUGCUGCAGAUGCUUCACUACCGAUUGUUCGUCAAUAAUGUGUUCGUGCUUUAAGGCCGACCGAGCUUGUUCAAAUGUAUGCAAAUGUGAAAGUGUAACUGAAGAUUCCAAGAAGUAG